AGAAUGACUUAGAACAAUUCUCAUGUCAAUAAUUCAAUAUUAUAUGUCAUUCAGCUUAUACAAGAACAUACAUAUACCCCUCAUACAAUCUUUAAGCAUGAUUUCAAACAUAAUUCAAAUGCAUCUUAAUUUUAAUUUUCAAACUUCCAAUUUCUACAUGCCAUUAAACAAGCAAAAAGAAAAGCUUUUCAAAUUUAAAUAUAGAAGAAGUGGAAUGAGAAUUAACCACCAUUGAAGCUAACAAACCAUACACAUUCUUCCCCCCUCUCUCUCUCCAAACUCGCCUCCCAAAACACUUCUUACGUGUCAGCAGCCAUCUCUACUCUCCUCUUUCGGCCCACCACGUGUCAUCUGAACCCCAAAUAACAGAAGGGAAAAAAAAGUGUAAAACAAUAUUUUCAAAUUCCGUCUCCUUCACACCCCUUAAAAGAGGCGAAAAACAAAAACACUCUCCUCCCUCCAUUCUCCAUUGUUAUACUUUUUUAGAGAGAGAAAAACUCAUAUUGUAGAGAAAGCAAGCUCUUCAAAAAUACAACAAUGGCGGACGAACAUCAGGACGUCGAAGAUAACACCGCAACCACCACCACCACCACCGUUGGAGAAGACGACUUAGAGCUCAGCCUCUCUCUCCGCCCUCUCAAUUGUUCUAACUCCUAUCUUCCGUCAUCUAACCUUCCUAAGAACCUUCCAGAAACCUCCUCUCCUGCCGCCUCCAACGGUCAGAUCCUCUCCAAGCGUGACGCUCAAGCUCUCCGCCGCCAAGAGGCCAAGUUAAAGCGGGAGUUGAAGCGUAAAUCGUCUUUAAAUAACGACGUCGUAGGAGCUAACCCUCAGCAGGAGGAUUUUAUGGAGGAACAACGUCGGAAAGUUCUGAAUUUAGGGUUUCAGGGAGCCGCGCCGCCGUGGUUUGGGCUGAAUGCUGGUGCCGUUUACGGCGGUUUCAUGCCGUAUCAAGGACAAAACGGUAAUUUUACUCCUCGUAGCGAGGGUAAAGAUGCGGCGGGCGUUUCUUUCUCUAGCGGUAGCUCCUCCGGAAUUUCUGAUAACUACCAGAGUAUUUCUGGUCCAGGUGGGAAUAGCAGUGAUGCUGGUAGUCAUUCGAGUCAUUCUCACUCACCGUUGCCCCCUCCAAAUGUUCCUACAACUAGCAACACCACUUCCCAAAUACAGCGUUGUUCAUCACAACUAGACCUUCAAUUUAACGGUUUAAACCCAAACCACUCAAAACCCCAAUUGUGCAGGUCAUACUCUAGUAAUAUUGAACUUGUCACAAGCUCAAGACAACCCUGUAAGUCACCAGAAGAACUAACCUCAUUAAGUAUGACUUGCCAACAAAAUGUAGCUCAGCCUAACAAUGACAAUACAUUGUCGGAAAAAAAUCCCAACUCAACUCCUCGAAGCACAAUCCCCAAGGAAGCCAAAGUAGAACUUGGGAAGCCUCCGAAGCCUGUUGGGUUAAAUGGGCAACAGAAACUAUUAUUUUCAGAAAUGCCGUGUGUUUCAGCCACCGGAAAUGGACCCAAUGGGAAGACUAUAACCGGGUUUUUGUACAAAUACUCGAAAGCUGAGGUGAGCAUUAUUUGUGUCUGCCAUGGAACAUCAUUUUCCCCAGCUGCUUUCGUGGAGCACGCCGGAGGUGAAAAUGUAGAAUACCCUCUCAAGCAUAUUAGAGUAGUACCCUUUGCCCUUGGUUAACCAUGUGAUGUGAGCUAACUUAUUGAGCUGUUGAGUAUUGCGGAUUUUAAAAGUGAAAUUGGUAAUAUAAUAUUACAGCAAAUUAAUUCCCCUCCUUUCUUUUUGUAGCAUGGCUGGGGAUGGAUAGGAAAUUGAAAUUCUUUUCUUCUCAAGGUUGAACUUUUUAUCUAACUGAAUUAAUUAGUAUAUUGGUUAAUUAAAAUUUUCUACUUUUGUGUGCAA